CUUUAAUCGGACGGGAGCCGGGCGGCGGCAACAACAAGCCCAGCUCCAAGCAGAUAAAGAGUGAACUGCAACGCCUAGUAUUUGCAUAAAAUAUGUGAAACCCCGCCCUCCACAUUGUAAGGCAAUGGUGAAAGCCCAAAAAGAGGCCGGUAGUCUGUGGUCGAUUUGAAGAGGAAGCGUCCGCUUCUAAAAUGGCAAGGAAUACAUUUUUCAAGAUCAUCACAUAAUUUUCUUGAAUAAGCCAGAGAUGCUUCCGGCGCCUGGUGUUUUUUACUUUCCCUGGGAAAUCAGUUCUGGUGCCGUCCAAGAAGGAACAACAGUGAGAACAUUUGGCAGACUGAAGUGCUACCAACCGGCAGAGUCACAGGCUAUCCUAUCUUCCCAUUUUGCAGCAACCCAGCAUCAAGUUAUAGUUCACACAGUCUUUGUGGAGCCUUUUCACCCCAUACUUGGGGCUCAGUACAUUGUCCUAGGAGAGUUGGAGAUCACUGAGGGGGCUGGUUUGAGGGUCCAUGCUCGUGUGCUGAAUUGUGUGGAUGGAGUGGAUCUUACCAUUCUACAGAGUGCCAUAAAUGAACAGAGGAGUUAUUUCCAAGAUCGAGAGGGUGGGACAGACAUUCAGCAUCCCCCACCCUGAUAUAUUUUGUUUGUCACCACCAUGCUUAUCAUAUAUUUAGAAUUGUUAUUAGAAAGCUGCAUGACACCUGUAAAAUGAUGUAUUAAAUGUGCCUUUAUAACA